AUGUUUCUUUAUAUUUGGCCAGCAGAGUUUGGCUUGCCUUCAAUGGAUAUAGAAUCUUUGCAAUUUAUGGCAGCCAGCAAAAUUUGUGCUGCCCCAAUUUUGUUUGAAUAUUCAACUCGGCCUUGGAAAUCACCAACAGGCAAAUAUUUUUUCUUAUUCUAG